AUGACUUACGACCAGCAUGGAGGACUGGGGACUUACAACCAGCAUGGAAAACGGGGGACUUACGACCAGCAUGGAGAACAGGGGUUUACGACCAGCAUGGAGGAUGGGGGACUUACAACCAGCAUGGAGAACUGUGGGUUUUUUAAUUACAACCAGCAUAGAGAACUAGGGGCUUACGACCAGCAUGGAGGACAGGGGACUUACGACCAGCAUGAAGUACUGGGGACUUAUGAAGAGCAUGGAGUACUGGGGACCUACGACCAGCAUGGAUUACUGGGGACUUACAUCCAGCAUGGAGAACUGGGGAUUUUUAAUUACAACCACCAUAGAGAACUAGGGGCUUACGACCAGCAUGGAGGACAGGGGACUUACGACCAGCAUGGAGGACGGGGGACUUACGACCAGCAUGAAGUACUGGGGACUUAUGAAGAGCAUGGAGUACUGGGGACCUACGACCAGCAUGGAUUACUGGGGACUUACGACAAGCAUGAAGUACUGGGGACUUACAUCCAGCAUAGAGGACGGGGGCUUACGACCAGCAUGGAGGACAGGGGAUUAUGA